AUGCUGUUUCGAUCGUCCUUGAUCUCUGCCUCUUCUUCUCUGCGUACCCUCAAUCUACUCUGCAGCAAGACAUCCAUCCUAUCGACCACUUUCAUCGCACAUCGACCCUGGAACAGGCCAUCCCAGACUCGUGCAAGUCACACGAUCCGAAACGCAGCCACGCUCUUUGAGUUCGACAAGGUACCCAAGUACGACCCUACCGCUCCUAUCGCAACCAUGCAGUCCUACACGCGUCAGUUCCCAUCCGACGAUUCGCCGCUCGUCAAGCUCGAGUUCGACGGAUCCGCGCGCAUCUGGGUGCUCACCAUGCUCGGAAACGAGACGCCGGACAACCGGCUCACGCACACCUUCAUCGCCGAGGGUCUACUCCCUGCUCUCGAGCACGUCGAACAGGGCUGGAACGACAUGCUCUCCUCUGGAGAGUCUUCCCUCGGUGCUGCGUUCGUUUCAACUGGUGGAACUGCGGACAGUGCCAAGAUCUACUCCAACGGUCUCGACUUUGAAAACGCCAUCGCAGAUCCCAACUUCUUCGACACCCAUCUCAACGCUCUCUACGAGAAACUCCUCACCUUCCCCAUCCCCACCAUCGCCGCCGUCAACGGUCACGCUUUCGCAGCCGGGUUCGGUCUCGCCUGCGCACACGAUUACCGCGUCAUGAACAGCAAGAGAGGCUACAUGUGCAUGAACGAAAUCGAUUUCGGCGCUCCCCUCCCGCACGGCCUGCAGGCUACGUUGAAGAGCAAGAUCGAAAACCAAAAAACCAUGCGCAAGGUCGUACUCGAAGGUCACAGAUUCAGCGCAAAGGAGGCCCUGGAAGAAGGAUUUGUAGACGUCCUCAGCGACAGUCCCAAAGAUACGUUGGACAAGGCCUUGCAGUUGGCGGAGAAAUUGAAGGUCAAGGCAAAGAUGAAUGCAUGGGGUAGCAAUAAGGAGGUGGUGUAUGCAGAGGCGGUCAAGGUGGUGAGGACCAAGCAUGAUGAUGCUACGACUGCGUUGUAUGCUCCUAGAGCCAAGUACUAG